UACUGCGUAAAACUUCAGCUAGAUUUUCUUGCGAUUUUCUCCCCUACAGCAGGUUUAUGUGAGUCGGGAAUCGUUGCGCUUCGGCCGGCGUCUCCACGCGAACCUACGAGCUUACAGCGGUUCACUUGUCGGACACCCGCCCACAGGUCCCGACUGUCGGUUCCCGCCAUGAAGAUGCGAAGCUCCCGGCCGAACCCCGCCGGGGCGCGCUACCAGCGCCUGCCGCAGUCGGACGACGGAUUUAUAGUACUAGUACUACUCGCCAGACCUACAGUGAGGGGGCGGAUCCCGUACAGAGCUAUCGGCCUGGCCACAGUCCUGUUCCUGCUAGGGACGGCCCUGCUGACCGUGGGCUCCCUGCUGUUAGCCGGGGUGUACAUCGACCCGCAGUACUCGGACCGGACCUGGCCCGUCCUCCUGCUCGGGUUGUUAGUGUUCAUCCCCGGCGGCUAUCACGUCUUCAUCGCCUACAACGCCUGGAGGGGCGUCAAGGGAUACUCCUUCGACGACAUUCCGGAGUACAACGACUAAAAAUACGGAGUACAACGACUAAAAAUACGGAGUACAACGACUAAAAAUACGGAGUACAACGACUAAAAAGAGUACACGGGAGUACAACGACUAAAAAUACGGAGUACAACGACUAUAAAUACGGAGUACAACGACUAAAAAUCCGGAGUACAACGACUAAGUACUGCAGAAGACGGAGAACGACGUCUAAACACUGCAAAAUCCGGAAAACAAUGACUGGAGACAGCAAAAUCCGGAAAACAACGACUACAACUGACUACAGCUGCUAAUAAAAGACCACAAAAUCCCGAGUAUAGCGACAAAAAAAUCCAGAGUACAACGACUAAAUACUGAAAAAUACGGAGAAUGACGACUUAUUGCUACAAGGACGGGGUACAGCCACUAAAGACUACAAAAUCCGGACAACAGUAACUAAACACUAAAGCCUAUUAGUACAACUCCUAUAGCUAAGUACCUACAAACUCCGGAGUACAACGAGUAAAGACUGCCAAUUCCAGACACACUAAAGACUACAAAACUUCGGAAUACAACGACUAUAUUAAUAUUGUACCGUCGCGGAAUAUAGAUAAAGACGGCAACUUCCCGCGUUCAACUUUCUAAUACAAAAUCCAGAUGAAAACGAAUGAGGUGUAACUAUUGAUGUUUAAUCAGCCAAUAUUCUGUAGAAAUAAAUGUGAGUUUAGAUCAGAGAUAUCCAGUCCGACUUUGGGCCAAUCUUCCGAGGAUAUUUUGUGAACAACCCCAUAAAAGUAUGUAGAUAUCCACUAAGGCAUAGUAGUUAGCUGUAUGUCAGUGGUAGAUUUUGAGAGUGUUCCUUAUGAUAAUGACUAUUAAAAAAAGUCAGUACUUUUGCCGAAA